AUGGCCCGUUAUAGCACCACCCUAAAUGAUUCUGAUGAUCCUGUGGCUGCGGCAUCAGAGCUCAAAAUCGAGUUUCUGAGGAUCUGUCCAUUUUUUGAUGGCAACGGACUCAUGUCGAGGCUUCUGUUUAAUUUCCUCUUGAUGAACCAUUAUCCACAUAUUCUAGUUACCUUCGGUGAAUCUCGGUCUGAGAGGUCGAAAUAUCGUCACUUAGUUCGAGAGUCAAUCAGAAGCCAGGCUCCAGGGAUUUUUUCGUUCUUUGCAUUGCAAAAUGCUGCUGGAUCCGCAUUGCAGCAACUUGAGGGUCUUGGCCCAGCUACUCAGCUCGAGCUCUCGGAUAUGAGUCGGUUGAAAGCAGAUCUGAGUCUCGUUAGCGGAAGGAAUCAAGAAGAAGGUUUGCCUGCACUUGGGGACUUAUCGCUUAAUUAA